AUGGGCGCUGAUAUGCAGUUUCCUUUCGCACCUCGCUUUAGAAGGGUGCAUUUGUGGGCAGCAGGUGUCGCUGCUGUCAUUUGUGGUGAUUUCGUCGCUUGGCAACCUGCUUUCGGGCAAGGCAUCGGCUGUGCACUUAUCGGUUACUUCGUGGCUGCGCUGUUUUACAUGCUUUUGGUCAGCAGCCUCACAGAAGUGAUGAGCCGGAUGGGUGAUGCGGAAGGUCCCAGUCAGGUCGCAGCUUGCAUUGGGCCCAGGACAUCAUUCCUGGCUGGGCUCAUGGAGUGCUUGAAGUGCACUCUCAUCAUUGCCGACAUAGCUGCCGCGACCGGUGCUCUGAUGGAGGAGCUAACCGAGUCUCCUUCGGCUCUUCAGCCUUUGUGGUGGUUGCUUUUCUGCGCCCUCAUCUUGUUGCUCAACACGAAGCUCAUGUCGAUGUCCGUGCAAACGCUGAUGGCGAUGACCCUGUCAAGCUUGGCUAUUGUGGUCGUAUAUUUCUUGUUUUCGAGCGAACGAACGUUUGACCUUGCGCAAGAGGCGAUGGCAGGAGGAGACAUCUUGAGUGAUGUCUCGUGGCUCGCAUUGUUCAAGUCACUUCCGGCUGGUAUCUGGUGUUUCCUCGGGCUGGAGCAGAUGCUCUGGUUUGGCAAGUUCGCAGUAGAUCUGAGAACAAAUCUGCCACGCGCUCUCAGCUGGGCCUAUGCUACGCUCUUCAUUUUGGCAAUGAUGACUUUGAUUUGUAGUCUGGCGGCUUCCCCAGGUAUCCACGUUACCACGCAUCAGAAGUUCCCACUGUUGGUUGCUUACUUCGACGUUUUUGGGCAGAGCAGUUUGAGCCGCUACUUCGCAUUGCUUCUGCUCUUCGGCAUCCUGGCCUCGCUGCAUGUCUUUACCUUCGUGGCCGGGCAAGUGGUUACGCAAAUGGCAGAAGACUCAUUGCUUCCGGCAUGCUUGGCACAGCGGGAUGGACAGACAGGAGCUCCAACAUAUUCCUCGGCAGUAGUUGUCGUGGUGGCGCUCCUCUUUUUGGAAGUUGUUUUCCAAGCCCUGGAUCACCAGUACGAAGAGAUCAGAGCUACCUUCACCAGCGGUGCUUCGAUCUGCGCCCUUGGUGGCUACAUGAUUCAGCUGUGCUGCUUCAUUUUGAUCAGAUACAGAAACCAACAUGAGGACUCCAUGUUCCUGUCUCCCUUUGGAAUGCUGGGCGCUGGUACAGCUUUGGUGCUCACGAUUGUCUUCAUGGCCAGCGUGCUGUCGCACGAUCUUGCAGAACAUGGAAACCCGCACACCGAAUUCGAUGUGCCUCGCGCGGACCCGCAUAGGUUGCUGCAACUUGCGGCGGAUAUCAACCACCGCGACUCCUUCGGUCGUGUUGCUCUUCACCAUGCCGCAGAAGAAGGUCAGCUGCUGUCAGUCCGUCUCUUGUUGAAGCACAAGGCAGAUCCAGGUGCCCAGGACCGGGAGAAAGAAACGCCUUUGCGGCUGGCAUCCAGUGAUGCGGCCGGGCUUCAUGUGAGGGCGCGUGCCCGCUUGAAGUUCAAGUUGAGAGGCAUGGCUGAAGCCGAGCCGAAGAAGAGCUUUUCCAUGGGCAUAGACUUGGGGACUACAUACUCUUGUGUGGGAAUCUUCAAGGAUGGAGAGGUGCAGAUUAUUGCCAAUGACCAAGGCAACCGAACGACGCCAUCUUAUGUCGCGUGGACGGAGAACGAGAGACUCCUUGGUGAUGCUGCCAAGAAUCAGGUUGCAAGCAAUCCUACCAACACGGUUUUCGAUGCUAAGCGCCUCAUCGGACGCAAGUUCCAGGACCCGGUCGUGCAGGCCGACCUGAAGCUGUGGCCCUUCAAGGUCGUAUCCGAUGGGUCAGCAGAUGACAAGCCUUUGAUUGAGGUGGUGUAUCAGUCAGUCGCCAAGACCUUUCAUCCAGAGGAGAUUUCCUCCAUGAUUCUCACCAAGAUGAAGCAAACGGCAGAGGCUUUCAUUGGUCAGCGUGUUCGAAACGCAGUGAUUACUGUCCCUGCUUAUUUCAAUGACUCCCAGAGGCAAGCUACGAAGGAUGCCGGUGAAAUUGCCGGACUGAACGUCAUGCGAAUCGUCAACGAGCCCACCGCGGCAGCAAUUGCGUACGGCCUGGAUGCGAAGUCGAAGGAGAAGAAGAGCGGUGCUGCCAAGGAGACCAACAUCCUAGUGUUCGACAUGGGUGGUGGCACUUUUGAUGUCUCCAUUUUGACAAUCACGGAUACAGUCUUCGAGGUGAAGGCAACAGCUGGAGAUCCUCACUUGGGUGGGGAGGACUUCGACAAUCGCAUGCUGAGCUACUGCAUUUCGGAGUUCCGCCGGAAGCACAAGUCUGAUCCGACCCGGAAUCAGAGAGCACUUCGUCGACUUCGGACCCAGUGCGAGCGCGCGAAGCGGCAGCUGUCCACACAGACAUCCGUGACAAUAGAGAUUGACUCCUUGCACGAGGGCGUCGACUUCAGUAUGCGGCUUUCCCGUGCAAAAUUCGAAGAGCUUUGCAUGGAUUACUUCAAGAAGGCAAUGGAGCCUGUCUCACAGUGCUUGGCAGACAGCAGCCUGCCAAAGUCGCAGAUCUCCGACGUAGUGCUCGUAGGUGGCUCCACUCGCAUCCCCAAAGUUCAAGAAUUGAUCAGCGCCUUCUUCAACGGCAAGCAUCUCUGCAAGGAGAUCAACCCGGAUGAAGCGGUAGCGUAUGGAGCAGCUGUUCAGGCAGCGAUUGUUUCGGGUACCGGAACAGAGGAGGUCGAGAACAUGCUGCUCCUCGACGUGGCACCUUUGUCCUUAGGCAUCGAGAUGGCGGGUGGCAUGAUGCAAAAGCUCAUCGAGCGAAACAGCACGAUCCCGACCAACAAGAGCCAGGACUUCACCACCGCAGAGGAUUAUCAGGAUCACGUGGAGAUCAAGGUCUACGAGGGCGAGCGAGCCAUGGUCAAAGACAACAACUACCUUGGCAAGUUCGUUCUCACCGGCCUCCCAAAGACUUUGAGGGGCGUGCCGAAGAUCAAGGUUACCUUCAACGUCGAUUCGAACGGAAUCUUGGAAGUGACCGCAGAGGAUAUGAAGACGCAUCGGAAGGGAGAGAUCCAGAUCACCAAUGAGAAAGGUCGUCUGUCUCAGCGCGAGAUCGAGCGCAUGCUUCAGGAUGCAGAACAGCACAAGGAUGAAGACGAUUUGGCAAGAGGCGAGAUCAUGGCCAGAGAGUCCCUGACCGUGUACAUGCGGCGGACGAGGAAGGCCAUGGAAGACAUAGAUGCCGAGAAGAUCCUGCGACGAGACAAAGAACGCCUCGAGAAAAAGAUGGAGGAGGCUGGAUGA